GUUUGAGAUCUCAGAUUGUAUCCAGGUAGGAAUGUUUGAGAUCUCAGAUUGUAUCCAGGUAGGAAUGUUUGAGAUCUCAGAUUGUAUCCAGGCAGGAAUGUUUGAGAUCUCAGAUUGUAUCCAGGUAGGAAUGUUUGAGAUCUCAGAUUGUAUCCAGGUAGGAAUGUUUGAGAUCUCAGAUUGUAUCCAGGUAGGAAUGUUUGAGAUCUCAGAUUGUAUCCAGGUAGGAAUGUUUGAGAUCUCAGAUUGUAUCCAGGCAGGAAUGUUUGAGAUCUCAGAUUGUAUCCAGGUAGGAAUGUUUGAGAUCUCAGAUUGUAUCCAGGUAGGAAUGUUUGAGAUCUCAGAUUGUAUCCAGGUAGGAAUGUUUGAGAUCUCAGAUUGUAUCCAGGUAGGAAUGUUUGAGAUCUCAGAUUGUAUCCAGGUAGGAAUGUUUGAGAUCUCAGAUUGUAUCCAGGUAGGAAUGUUUGAGAUCUCAGAUUGUAUCCAGGUAGGAAUGUUUGAGAUCUCAGAUUGUAUCCAGGUAGGAAUGUUUGAGAUCUCAGAUUGUAUCCAGGUAGGAAUGUUUGAGAUCUCAGAUUGUAUCCAGGUAGGAAUGUUUGAGAUCUCAGAUUGUAUCCAGGUAGGAAUGUUUGAGAUCUCAGAUUGUAUCCAGGUAGGAAUGUUUGAGAUCUCAGAUUGUAUCCAGGCAGGAAUGUUUGAGAUCUCAGAUUGUAUCCAGAUAGGAAUGUUUGAGAUCUCAGAUUGUAUCCAGGUAGGAAUGUUUGACAUCUCAGAUUGUAUCCAGGUAGGAAUGUUUGAGAUCUCAGAUUGUAUCCAGGUAGGAAUGUUUGAGAUCUCAGAUUGUAUCCAGGUAGGAAUGUUUGAGAUCUCAGAUUGUAUCCAGGCAGGAAUGUUUGAGAUCUCAGAUUGUAUCCAGGUAGGAAUGUUUGAGAUCUCAGAUUGUAUCCAGGUAGGAAUGUUUGAGAUCUCAGAUUGUAUCCAGGUAGGAAUGUUUGAGAUCUCAGAUUGUAUCCAGGCAGGAAUGUUUGGCUCCUCCCCUGGUCAGAGCAUGUCCCAGUGGGAUGAUGGAUCUUUAUCAGCCCUGCAGGAACACUCACUGGCCCAUGAACAGGAGAUGAUUAACAAUUAAUGGCCCAUGAACAGCAGAGAUCUCCUGGAAAGAGGAUUGGUUGUGGAAGAGAUAAAGGAAACUGCCCCGUGAACACAGGAUAACUGCCCCACCUCUGACAGAUGGGAGUUAGAAUACACACUUCUCAUUUCCUCCAGCAGGCACUGCAGCUUCAUGACAUCAUUGCAUACAAAAAGUAACAUUUAAUACCCCAAAAGCUGCCAUGAGGAGCAGGAUUGAACAGGAAUUGGGCUCGGCUCCAUCCCAGGCGUGGCUCUUCACCCUGUCCUGCAGGCAAGGACGAGUGGAGUGGAAAUGAGGGAGCCCCUGGCAGUGACCAUCCCAGCUCCAUCCUGACUGUGGGUGCCAGCAGAGGCAGGGCUGUUGCUCCCAGAGAUCCUCAAGGCUCCCAUGAGGCUUUUCCUGCUGGUUUUAUUUUCACCUGCUCCAUUUGUUUGUAGCCAGUGAGGUUACAAACCCCAACCAUGGGGGUGACACUGACCCCGUGGCUUGGGCCUGGAACUGGAGCAGCUGCUCAGCCUCCUCUCUGGAGUUGGGUGACAAAAGCAGCUUUUUGGUGACAAAAACAGCUUUUUUUGGGAUUCAGACCUCCCCCGGCUGUCCCCUCCUGUCAGGGAGUUGUGCAGAGCCACAAGGUCCCCCCGAGCCUCCUUUUCUCCAGGCUGAGCCCCUUCCCAGCUCCCUCAGCCUCUCCUGGGGCUCCAUUCCCUUCCCAGCUCCAGCCCCUCCAGGUCUCUCCUGUCAGGAGGGGCCCAGAGCUGCCCCCAGCACUGGAGGUGCCCCAGCAGUGCCAGCACAGGGAUGGGCACUGCCCUGGCACCCCAGAGCUGGCACAGCCCAGGGACCAUUGGCCAAUUCCCUGUGCCCUGUGCUGAGCAGUGGCACUGGCUGGGCUUUGGGACAGAACGUGGCAGCUCUGUUCCUUGGGCAGCUGGCAGUGUCUGUGUCACACUGAGCUGCCACCAGCUCCAUGUCCAUCCUGUGUCCAGUGGGACUUGGUUGUCAUCAAUGCUCUGAACUGGAUUGAAUUUCCUGCCCUGUGUAAAGCAGAAGCUUGAUGUAUAAACUGCAUUGUAUAAAUGUACAGAGAAAUGCAGAGUGAGGGGACAUGAGGAGACCUCAGAACCAGUGCUGGGGGUUGCAGGGUUUGCCCUGAGUGACCCAAAACACCCAGGGGGGAUCAGGCUCUGCUCCCAGGGAACAGGGGCAGGACAAGGGGAAAUGUUUGCUGGGAAUGUCCCAACAAAGGCAGGAAUCUCACUCCAUGCUCUCAGAAGGCCAAUUUAUUACUUUAUGAUACUAGAUUAUAUAAAGAAUGCUGUGCUGUACUAAAGAAUACAGAAAGGAUACAGACAGAAUGCUAAAAACAAAAUAAUGAAAACUCCUGACUCUUUCCAGAGCCUGACCCAGCUCAGCCCUGAAUGGUCAAAGAGUCAAAACAACUCACAUGAAACCAAUGGAACAAUCACCUGUGGGUAAACAAUCUCCCAACACAUUCCACAUGAGCACAACACAGGAGAGGCAAAUGAGAUCAGAAUUGUUUUCCUUUUUCUCUGAGGCUUCUCAGCUUCCCAGGAGAAAAAUCCUGGGCAAAGGGAUUUAUCAGAGAGUGUGAAUGGCAGAGAAAUGGCCUCAGGCUGGGCCAGGGCAGGCUCAGGUUGGACAUCAGGAGGAAUUUCUGCAUGGAAAGGGUGCUCAGGCCUUGGCAGGGGCUGCCCAGGGAGGUUUGGAGUGCCCAUCCCUGCAGGUGUCACCUGGAGGUGGCACUGAGUGCCCUGGGCUGGGGACAAGGUAGGGAUGGGGCACAGCGUGGACUGGAGGCUCUGGGAGGGAUUUUCCAGCCUCAGGGACUCUGGGAUUUCUGGCAUUUCUCCUGCUCAGAGCAGCUUUGUCCCUGGGCAGCAGCAGAGUCCUGAGCUGCAGUGACACUCCCAGCCCAUCCUUCCCCUCUGAAGGACUCUGAGCAAUGAUAACCCAGUUUAUAUUUGAAAUUCUUCCUUUGGCUCUCCUCCAUUCCAUGUUUGCAGUGAUGUCAUUCCCUGUGGUUCCUGAUCAGAAUUCCUCAGAGCUCUGAGGAGCUCUCCUGAAGAGCUGCAGUUCUCAGCUGGGCUCCUUGGCAGGGAUUUCCCUCCAGUCAGAUUUGCUUGUGCUUCCACAAUGUGUGGGAAAUGGAACCUUUCAAAGGGAAGGACAGGAAUUAAUGCUGCUCACACCUCUGCCCUCACUGACAAGCUGGGCACUCUCCCUGUGCCCUCUGGGUUUGUCAUCUCCCAGCACAGGGGUGCAGAGAGUCAUGGAAUGGGCUGGGUUGGGAGCUCAGAGCCCCCCCAGUGCCACCCCUGCCAUGGCAGGGACACUGCCACUGUCCCAAACCCAGUGUCCAUCCCAGCCUUGGGCACUGCCAGGGAUCCAGGGGCAGCCCCAGCUGCUCUGGGCACCUGUGCCAGGGCCUGCCCACCCUGCCAGGGAACAAUUCCUCAUUCCCAAGAUCCCACCCAGCCCUGCCCUCUGGCACUGGGAGCCAUUCCCUGGCUCCUGUCCCUCUGUCCCCUGUCCCCAGUCCCUCCCAGCUCUCCUGGAGCCCCUGCAGGCCCUGGCAGUGGCUCCAGGAUCUCCCCAGAGCUCAGUUUUUCCCUUUCACCCCCAGAUGUGCAGCCCACAGGAUUUGUGUGCUGAGAAUCAGGAGCCCAGCCCGGAGCCAUGGCAGGCAGCAGCACCUUGGGAUGCCAGGAUCCCAGCUGGGAUGGGUGGGAAGGGAGCUCAGAGCCCCCCCAGUGCCACCCCUGCCAUGGCAGGGACACUGCCACUGUCCCAGGGUGUGCCAGUGUCCAGCCUGGCCCUGGGCACUGCCAGGGAUCCAGGGUGGGCACCCUGUGCCAGCCUGCCCACCCUGCCAGGGGAGAGUGAGUCAAUGCCCAAUGAAUUAUUCACAAGUUAAAGAGUGAGUUAACAGUUAAAGAAUGAGAUAACAGUUAAAGAAUCAGUCAAUGGUUAAAGCAUGAGCUAAUGGUUAAAGAAUCAGUUCAUGAUUAAAGGAUCAGUCAGUGGUUGAUCCUCCCCUCUGAGCAUGGCCCACAGCAGCUCCUGACUUCCAGAAACCUCUCAGUGCCUGCUGGGUGUUGGCAUUCCUGCCUGGCUCACACCUGAGUGUCCCCAGGAACGUGGUGGCCAAGGCUGGCCCAGGCCCAGGGGCACCUCUGUGGCACCCUGAGGUUCCUCUCCUCUCCUCUCCUCUCCUCUCCUCUCCUCUCCUCUCCUCUCCUCUCCUCUCCUCUCCUCUCCUCUCCUCUCCUCUCCUCUCCUCUCCUCUCCUCUC